UCGCUGCAGCCUCUCUGGACUUUAUUGAGCGGUGAUUGGAAGCGGGCCGAUUUGCGCAGCGCCGUUUAAAGGAGCCAUCUGAAGCGAAUCACCGCUCACAGCGCGAUCCAAGCUCUCUGACCCACCGGCUCCUUCAAUAUCACCCCUCUGCCCGGCUGGGACAUUGUGUCCUUUGUUGAAAAAAAAAGAAAAAAACAAUGACAGCCAAGCAUCGAAAGGGGAAGAGCAACCACAAACAUGAAGAUAACUUUUUCAAAAAUGACGUUAUGGAAGCAGAAGUUCGCCCUGGAGGGAAUAACUACACGCUUCUGCUGGUUUUACUUGGGAUGAUUGUAAUUGGCGGAGCCGCUGGCGCAUGGUUCUGCUUCCAGCAGCAUCAAACUUUAACCUACCUGACAGACAACCUCGCUGGCAUGCAGAUGAAGAUAGGUAAACUGCAGUCCUCCCACGAAGAACUGCGACAGUCAGAUAGUAAGCAGCACCUUUCCGAGAGCGUGGAGUCCCGCCUGAAUGCCCUCGAGGACUCUUACGCGCUGGCCCAGAAACAGGUGGGCAUGGCCCUGGCCACGGCCGAACAGCUCAAGACGUCCGACCUCCCCGCUCAGGUGCUGUCGCUCCACACCGAGAUGAAGACCCGCCUGGCGGAGAUGCAGCACGCCACAGUGUCUCUGGAGCAACUGAGCCAGCUGCAGGCCAUGCUGAAGGGGAAGAGCGAGGAGUUCAACGGAGUCAGGGAUCAGGUGCAGGGUCUGGCCACGCUGACCGGCGACCUGUCCCACAAGGUCGAGGUGCUCUCCUGGAGCCUGGAGGAAGCGGAGUCGAAGCUGGAGGAGAAGGCCGGGCAAGUGAAGGCACUGAGCACCACCCUGGAUGGACAGGCCGCCGAGGUGCUCCGACUCAAAGAGCAGCUGGCAGCCUAUCAGGCUCAGCUGGAUGCCAGCACAAUGGAGAUGGUUACUGUCAGAGAGUUGCUUGAAAAUGAACAGUCCCAGCGGCUCCAGCAGGCCAGCGGAGAGGAUCAGCCGAAUACGCUGGCGGGAGAAACUCAACCUCCUGCAGAGCCUCUGGAAGAGACAGAAGAGGAAACGGCCCCCGCAGCUCCAGAGGCAGCGGCAGAGGAUGAAGAAGAGGGAGCUGCACUGAUCGAAGGAGAGGGAGCUGAAGCACCUGAAGAAGGGGAGGGAAAUAAGGAAACUGAAGAAGAGGAGGGGGCUGCUGCAACUGAAGACAAGGAGGAAGCAUCUGAGGAAGGAGGCGAAGCUGAAGCAGCUGCAUCGACUGCAACGGAAGCAGCAGGACGAGAAGACGAGGCGGCCGCAGCGGCUGUUGAAGUAGAGGCUGCAGCAACAACACCAGAAGAAGAAGAAUUGGACGCAGCUGAGCAAGAUGCAGCUCCCGUCGAACCAGAUGACUCUGUGACAGAAGAAUCUAUUCCUAUGGAGGAGGCAGAGGCAGAGGCAGAAAAGGAGAAAGAAGAGGUAACACAAACAGAAGAUGAUGGACAACGUGUAGAAGAGGAGACACCAGAAGAGGAGAACCAGACAGCCGAUGAAGAGGAGUCAUCUGAAGGAGAGAAGGUUCUGAAAGAGUCGCCUGUCCAAGAAGAGAGCCAUGAAACAGGAGAGGAGGAGGAGGGAGAAAAAGCAGCAGGGGACGAAAAUAUAGAAGCAGAUGAGGAGCUCGAGAAGGAGCAACUUAACGGAGAGGAGGAAGAACAGCAGGAUGUAGCUGCUGAAGAGGAGAACCACAGCGAAGAAGAACAACAGGAAGAUGAAGAAGAUGAGUCAUUAGAAGAGGAUGCUUUGCCAGAGGACAAAUAGUCACUGGAUCGGACUUUUUAAGCAGCAAACAUGUCCUUCAAGAAUGGAAACUUUCUCCGAUAAACACAGUCUAUAAAUCCGACAAAUCUUGUAGGAAGGCAUCACCGGUUGCUGUUGUUUAGGUGCAGCAUUCACUGCGUGGUCGCCCUCUGAAAGGCCGAACUCAUCAGAAGAAUUCAGUCACUAUGCUGGAGCCGAAAACCUGUACCUCAAAAUCCUCCUAGACGGCUGUUAAGAAAAAUGGGUCAUUCAGGGUUUACCUGCCAAUAACCACCUCAGUCGCCUUAAUCCAUAAAUCGACAGAGAAUUUUCCAUUCUUCAUUACUCGCUUUAUUGUCGAGGUUACGCUCUGCAAUAAACUGGAAAAGCCAUUGAGAAGCCAAGAAGCCAGUGCAUACACCGUUUCAGUCAGUGCACUCGAAGCCAUAAGUAACGCCCGUCUUUGUGACAUUAAUGUGUGUGUUAUUUUCUUUUUUUUUUUUUUUUUUAAGCGUCACUGCCUGAAAUGUAUCACAUAAACAGCUGCAGUAAGUUAAGUGUCCUAGAUGUUUACACAGGCAGAACUGCCAACUGUAGCGCCUACAAAAAGAAGAAGAAGAAAAGCCUCUUUCAUAAGAUAAUCAAGAAAAAUUCCUUAAUGUUUAGUGUCAUAGUUAUUAAACUUUUUUUUUUUUACUUUUUGAAGUACAUAUAACUGGAUGCUCUCUUGUCGUAGUUUGAGUCAUUGUUUUGUUCUAUUUCUUUUUUUUUUGCACUUUUUACCUAAUUACAAUUCCAGCCUGACACAGCACACCUUUAGUAGUAUUGUCAGAUACAGGGAGGUCAGAAAGCUCGAGCCCUCUACCAAGAACGUUUUAUCAUCAACAAUUUAUGCAAAAACGACAUCAUUUCAUUUUUCCUAAGGUCUUCCACAAAUAACAGCCGACGAUCUAUGCAUUAAUUUUGGAAAAUUGCAGCUUUCAAAAGAACAGGGUGAAGAACCUCAGGGACAACUUGUUUUCCAGGUGAAUGGACGACUUAUCACGGCCGAAAAGAAGUUAAAUGAACAUUUGUAGCAGCGUGUAAUACGAUGUAACUGCUAAACGGCAAUCAGUUUCAUGCCAAAACGAUGAGUGAAAACACUGCAGCAGUUGUUUUUUUUUUUAAAGCCACUUCAAGAUCCAGAUUAAAUAAACUCAUCAAAGAGCCACAUGACGGGUCAGUGAAUAAAUCCUAGAGUCGAACAAUAGCAGAGAUUCACGUGCACAGAUUGAGUUACACAAGAUCAAACAGAAAUACCACUUCACUCUGCAGUGUCCCACUUUGGAGCUUGUGGUUGUUUCGUAGCGGGACUCUAAACGUGGAUCCGAACCACUUCCAGAAGGACGAGCCAAGAGAGAUGGUUUACCUGCACACUCUCUACCCCGCUGAGUGAAACACAAAGCCACAUAAGAGGACUUUUACAAACGCUGAUAAUGUGAAUCUUCAAAUAAAGCAGUAGCAAUUGAAAGGAGUUCUUGGUAGUGCAGUAAGACUUUUUAGCUCUGCUGUGCAUUUUUACUGAUGCUGAUAUUCACUGCACUGUUUCUGUCAAGGCAGUGUUUACUGUCAGUAUUGUCAUGGUUUUGAAAUAAAGCCUGGUUCUUUCACGUA